CGAAGCCCCUGAAAGGGCGGCGAGGACCGACCGGCCCCGGCCCGCCAUGGAGCAAGAUACAAAGGAGGAGGUCUCAGAGAAACCAAAGUCUGCUCCGACUGCAGAGAAAUACGGCUGGAUUAAGAAAAGCAGCGGGGGGCUCCUGGGAUUGUGGAAGGAUCGUUAUAUCCAGCUACGGAAAACACAGCUCGUGGUCUAUGAGGAUGAGGAUGAACAGAAGUGCAUAGAAACAGUGGAACUGGAGAGUUAUGACAAGUGCCAGGAACUGCGUGCGCUACUAAAAAAGAAAAACCGUUUCAUUUUAAUCCGCUCCCCGGGUAAGAAGGUUCAUGAUAUCAAAUUUCAAGCUCCAACUUUGGAAGAAAAGGAAUCGUGGAUAAAAGCUCUUAAUGAAGGGAUCAAUAGAGGCAAAAACAAAGUAUUUGAUGAGGUGAAAGUAGACGAGAGCCUUUCCUUGGACCACGUAACUCGGGACAGAGUGAAAAUGACCCACGGACGCAGGCCACCCACGAGAAGUCACCUAAAGGAGGCUGCCAAGUCUACAUCAGAUGGUAUCCUGCGACUAGAUCUGGAUAUAGUAGACAAUGGACCGCCAAACUUUGAUUCCACCAUCAGCGAAAGUGACGAUGUGCCCCCUCAGAAGGAAACUCCAAAGCCACCUAUGCCACCUACAAAACCCACUGGCACAAAAGAAAACCAAGAUGCAGAGAACAAUGUUCCUCACCAGGAACAUAAAAAACCUCUGUCUCCUCCAUUGCCUCCAGAUAAGAAGCUUAAGGAAGGCAUAGCAUCAAAGGACAAUGUAAAUGCCAAGGAAGAGGACUCUGUAAGCCCAGAGGAGAAUGUGGAAGGAUCCCAAGCACCAAGUGAGGAGAACAGAGAGAACCUCAUUGAGGUCAGCAACAGGGGCAUAGCAAAAGCUCCAAUUCCUCUUCCUAAGAGCGUGCCAGACAAGCUAAAAGUAGCUUGGGACCAACCAGUCCCUGAGCCUAAAAACACAGAAGACUUGAAAUCAUCAGGAGAUAGCAGCAAAGACAACCUUGCCGAGAUUGCUGCUGCAGAUGUUACAAAGCCUCCUGUUCCUCCUAAGGUUCUGUCAGAAAAAAUGUUAGCCACAAUGAACUCCAGCCAUGGUGACCUGGAAGCUGGGGGCUGGGAAGACCUGGAGUCUGGCAGCUCCAAGCCCCCGGUGAACGGGAUCGCAGCCAGCGAGGCAGCAGAGUUCACAUCCCCAACAGUUGAAACUGAAGAAGGAAAUGGGAGAACCUCUGCCGAGAAGGAACAGCAAACUUCAGCAGAAGAGACAGAGACUUCCUUAGCUACAGAAACAGGCCAUGAGAGUGUAAAAGCAACUAUUGAGAAGAAAGAGUCUGCGGAAAGCACUUCAGGUCUCAAACUUCGCAGUUCUUCUCUGGGAGACUUGCUGUCUGAUUCCAAAAAUACACAGAGAGCACUUCCAGGCCAAGGUUUCCCGAAGGAAUCCCAUCAACACUUAGCUAAAAUGGAGGAGAAAGUUGCUAAUGAAAGGGAAAAGACAGAAAAACUUCUGCAGAAGGUUUUACGUGAAGGGUUGGAACAGGCCCAGGAGGGGAAUGGACCCCCAGUGAUGGCAGAGACGUUGCUCAAUGAGGCAGUAGAACAACUUCGGCAAGCUACACAAGUUUUGCAGGAAAUUAAAGGUCUUGGAGAACUGAAAAAAGAAGCAACACAGAAACAGAAAGAAAAGCAAAAGGAUCUAGUGACUCUUUAUAGGAGAAGUGCGCCCUGACAUACUCUUCAAAGAGGCUUCUUUCUCAAAAUCAAAGCUAAACAUUUGCCAUUUAUGAUUUGUACCAUUGCUAGGCCAGUGUUUAAAAGGUGGUGUUUUGCUGUGCACACACCAUGUUUAUGGGACAGAAUUGAGCUUUCAGUUAUAGCAUCUUUCUCUCUUUCUUCAUGCUGUACAUACCAGUCCGGUUCUAAUCCUCUUAGCACAGCAGAAGGUUACAGGACGUUGAACAGUUUCAAAAAUGUGAAUGCUCUUUAAGGACUCUGUCCAAAGUCCUUUCAAUGGAUCAGGCCUUAAAAAUUACUGGUAAUCAAACCAAGCCAGAUUUUUGAAAGGAGCAGAAUGGCUAUUCUAGCAGAAGCCCCUGUCUAUCUGUAUUUACAGACAAGCAGAUACCAGAUUACACUGGCACCUGUCUGGUUUUCCCAGUUAAAUCAUUUAAGGAUAAAUUUAGUCAGUGUUUGUUCACUUGCUGGCAAGGUUUCCCAGACCACCUGGCCCAGGGACAUCUAGGAAUGUAAAGAUAAAUGGUUUAGUCUUCUCCAAAGAUACUCAUAAAACCACAUCCACAGUUAAAAAAUGACCUCACACAGAGGCAAACGGAACUGGCCAAUUCCUGACUACAAGCAGUGUCCUCAGAUCUGGCGCAGCUGUACGGAGGCACUCUUCUGAGUCUGGCUGUGCAGAGCUUUAGGUGUGCUAAGCACUGUGUAAGUGAAGGCAAGUCUCAAUGCAUCGUUGCCAGGCAAGUAUUAAUUGUUCCUGUUUCAUUAAUAGGGAAAUUGAGGCAAAGAGGUUACACUUGGCCAUCUAGCAGCGCAACAUGUUGAUUAUUGAGGACCAUACCUACCUGGUAACUCUGAAUCCCCUCAUCGUUGUUGGGAACAAUUAGCCAGGCAUUUGGAGAACUUGUGUCCAGGAGAUCCCCAGGAGCUUCCGAGGAGAGCUGUCAUUAAGAAGCUUUAGGGAUGUGUGUUCACUUAGCUGUACGCUCGUUCUCUGUGUUGUCUUGGGAUGUUAACUGACAGGAGCGUGCACAUCAGGCAGCGGGUCUGGAUGAGAUCCCUCUUCCUAUUUAACAGGUCUCUACCUGCUGUGUCCUGGCUAGCCUGAGAGCCACGGUUUGGCACAGACGUCUGUAAUUUGAGUACAUGGAGGGAAAGGCAUUUUGCACGCACAACUUUGGGGCUGGUCCCAGUGGCUUAAGUACGUUAAAAUAAAAAUGCAUCGCUACAGAAAGGUCUGAGGAAGGCAUUGCAGAAGGCUCUGGCACAAUUCCCACAGCUUCCCUGCCCACCUGCUGAAAGCAACCACAGUUCCCGUGGUCUUUAGUGAUUACAGCGGUGAUAAAAUCAUGUCUUUGCACCGCUGCUGUAUAGCCCCGUACCUGAGCUGGGUCCCCUCCCCUAUUCUCUAUAGCUGCUCUGAAGAGAAUCGUAUGACAGCCUGAAGGGCUUCUCCUUUGCUUGAGCCAGACUGUGGAAGCACGGAAAAGGGCAAUCUUCCCAGUCUGGGUUUAAGGAGUGACACGCUACCUAAGCUUUUUUCUCUCGUUUACCAGCACUGCCCUCUUAGCUCACCCAUUUCUUUUUCUUCUAUUCUUUCUUUUAUGAUUUCCCAGGUUCCACAAGGCUGCAAUGGGCUGCAAACACCCCCCAUAGCAGCAGCCCAGUAAAGCUUCAUCUGAGCCUCUUCUUAGGCUAGGCAGUGGGCACUUCAGGUCUGAGCACAGAAAGGUUGGCUUUGGGCUUCCAAAUAUCCUGUUUUUCACCACCUGGAGCCAGCAAGACAGGUAGUGACUAGAACUGAUGCUUCUGCCUCUUUUGAUUAAACCAGCCUUGGUUUCAGUGGUCUGUCUCCCUCUCAAGACAGCCAUAGACAUCACAUGGGAAUUCACUUGUUAUUCUCUCACGUGGCAAGUUCUACACAGUGAAACACUCAGGGCUCAGGUGCCAAAAAGCUUUGCUUUGAGACAAAAAGUUUCCUACGUCCUAAGCCCACUCCCAGGCACACAGCCUGGAGCAAACUCUGGAUCUGUGUCAUUUGCUGCUGUAGAUUCAAUGUGAACCAUGGGUCUUAUUCACCUUUCCAGACAUACUUAGGACAAGGGCUAAUAACACAGACAAUAUUCAGUGCCUAUCUGCUACCUAAAUGUAUUUUUCUGCAUGUGCACUUUUGUUUACCGAACACUGUGUGGUAUGAAUGUGAGCUGUCAGAACCUGGUGUGCACUGGAAGUCGAGGGACAUCAGCUUCAGAGAGCAGGCAGGCUUUUGCAAGAUGCAGUUCUAUAACAAGAGAUAAAUUAGAUGGGGAAAAAACCAGUUCACACUAACAGGAAUAUACACAAACCAGGGCAAACUCUGGGUACAGGUUCAUAUCCCAAAGCUGAAGCCAGUCCUAAACUCCAGGAUGGGCAAAUCAAAGCCUGGAACUGAAAACCCCAGAGAAUGGAACCAGCUUAUGGGAUAGCUCAGUCCCCUAAUUUAUAUACAAAUGCUUUUGCUCUCACAGGUGUUUUCUUGUGGCAGUGUGUUCUGUGGAUACCCGUCUGGCAAAGCGCUGAUGAAAAUACCCAGACAUCCCUGUCUGUUGCAGCCAAACCUACAGGAUGUGCUUAUAUUUACUGUAUAUUUUUAUAUUAUACUGAAUAUUCUAAUGAAUAAAUGUCUGACAUUUUAUUGAAUACCCAUCAGUAGCAAUCUUAACAGAUAAACCCCCCUAUAUCUGUUAGGAAAUGGGCAAGUUAAAUCAUUUUACAAGCUACAGCUAAUUACUGUAUUUGCUGUACUAACAGAACUUACUAGAUUUGUAUUAUGUCUUGUAAAUAGGUAUAACUUAAGUGGAAUCUCCGUAGCACCCAGUAACUCUACUGCUGAAAACGCUAUGUUAGAGACUCUUUGGUUUUAACUAUUUUUUCUAAUAGGGUUAGCAGUUCAUCCUAAAAUGUCUAGCCCGGCCGUAAGCCUGAUUCACCUGGACUUUGCAGGAAAAAACGCAUCAUGUUCCUUCUGCAGUUUUCCCACUUGUUCUUCUCAUUCUGGACACGUGCCAGGCCCUGCCUAGGGCUGGAAACUGCCUUCUGGGGUGCUUUUUACAUGCUCCUCUGAAAAUGCAGCGCUGAUUAGAGUCAGAAACAGGAUCCUGGUCUGCUCUGACCUCAUACAGCAACUCCCAUCUUCAGUGUACCUCCUGCCACCAUGCACUUUGUUUUAAACCUCCCUGUAAACUUACAUCUAAUUUCUGGCUGCACUGAGGCUGGUUUUUUGUGCCUGAAAACCCUCUGGGCAUGGAGCGCUGGGGUGUGAGUCUGUGUUUUGGGCUGUGCCACCAGGUUACAUGUCUGUGACAGGAAGGAAGUGAGUUUGCAAGCAAGCAAAUGUGGAUGACUAUCUGAAAAGCAGCUGCUGCAGCCCGUGGAAAGGCAGCACUUUGUCUCCUGCUUGUAAAGAGCUUUGAGAUUUGGCAAUAAAACCCCCUUUUAAAUA